AACACUUAACACAUUUAUGUGCAAUUCUUCUAUUAUUUUUGCUGUUCACGAUGCGUAUUGAAACGUGUUAUUUUUGCUCUUCUCGGAUAUUUCCGGGACAUGGAAUUCAAUUUGUUAGAAACGAUUGCAAAAUUUUUAGAUUUUGCCGGUCAAAAUGUCACGCGGCAUUUAAAAAGAAAAAGAAUCCAAGAAAGGUUAAGUGGACCAAAGCUUAUAGGAAGACCGUUGGUAAAGAACUGGCAAUAGAUCCGUCAUUUGAAUUUGAAAAGAGGAGAAAUAUUCCAGUUAAAUAUAACAGAGAAUUAUGGACAAAGACUGUGGAAGCUAUAAAGAAAGUAGAAAACAUCAAACAGAAGAGGUCGAAUUUGCAUAUUAUGCAACGUUUACGAAAGGGUCGUACACUGGAACGAGAAAGGGAUAUUAAGGAAGUACAACGUGAUCUAUCUUUGAUAAGAUCACCAGCUGCUGGACUCAAGGAAAGAAAGAAAUUGGAAGAGACAGUAGAAGAGGAUGUUGAAAUGCUAGAAUCUGACAACGAAAUGAAUGCUGAACAGUUGCAAGAAAAUUAAUUUGUUGUUUUUUUUUCUAUUUCAAUUAAUACACAAUAUGAAUACAGAAAACUUUGUAUCAUUUAGGAAUAGUUAAUAUUUAACUGUUAAACUUGUACAUAAACUGAAUAUAUAAUUAGACUAGUUUUUAUAAACAA